AUGGAGAAACCUCUCCAAAAAUUGAGAGAGGACUGCGGUAAAUCGGAGCUGAGCGAGGAGCACAAACUCGGAGAGAAGAUCGAAAACAGAGACUCCCAAAGGAGUAGCGCCAUCGGACGCCGAGUCCUGGGUUCAGUCUUGAUUUGGUCGCGCCAACUCUUGACACCGGAGGUUUCCAUGGUGACGACGGUAGGGAUGCCCUCAGAAGAAUUUGAAAAUGGCAGAACUUCCGACCCAAAGAAGGAUGAGGAGGAGCAACUGGGGAUACAAGGUUUGAAGUACCCACUUCUGGUGAAACGGUUAGCUUGUAUGGUCAUAUCAGGUGUUGCAGCUACUGUCAAUAUUGACAUACUUCAACCUGCUAAUCUAUCUCACUCCAAUGAUUUCAGAGAAAAAGAAAUUGGAGAGGAAAGAGUCAUCUCCUUUCAUGGGGCUGGAUUAUCAGUGUCACCAGGCAUCAGCUUCUCUGAAAUUGCUGCUGCCAGUGGAAACCCUGAAAAGGACUCAUCAAUCACUGUUGCUUUUGAUGACAUUCCAGAAAAUUGUUUGAAUAGUCCUCUUCGUCUAGAGAAAGUGGCAAAUGAGGUUAUAUACCGCAGAAUGAAGGAUGCUUUGAUACAAUUGAGUAAAGGUGUACAGAAGGGACCUGCAGCUGACCUCAUUCCUGUUUUAUUUGGUGAGAGGUCACCGACAGUGACCAAGAAGGAUGUCAAAUUCACACCCUUCAACUCCAACCUUGAUCACUCUCAGAUGCCAUUUCAAAAGCCCUGUCAUCAAAGAAUGUAUUUUUGGCUGCACGGACCUCCUGGAACUGGAAAAACCACUAAGGUGGUGGAGAUCAUCUUACAAGAAGUGAAAUGUGGAUCAAAGAUUCUUGAACGUGCUGCUUCUAAUAUUGCUGUGAACAACAUUGUUGAGCGACUUGUUCCUCACAGGUUUUUACGGGGGGAUAAUAGUGCUCUGGCCAGUGACAUUCGGAAGGAAAUGAAGGUACAGACUCACAGUAGAUUUGAAGGCAAUUUCAAUGCCCAAAAGUUAUCAACGAUUGCAGUUUCAAUUAUUCAAAAAUGAUUCUUUACGAUAAGCUUUGUUGUUGUCAUAUGAUUCUAAGAUAAACUUUCUAUAACCAAAAGUACUAUUGUAUUCAUUCACUGAGAGAGACUUGAUAUAUGCUUGGGCAACAAUUGGCCGUUGCAUGGUCUAUUAUUCAUAGAAAAAAACGUAUGCUCUGAAUAUAGGAAGCUAUUCCUUUUA